UUAAAUCUUUCUUACGUUGAUCAAAGUCUGCGUUUUAACGGAUGUCUCCCUUGGACCACAGUUGCUCCUAUGAUCUUAGUCUUGGACGUCAGGCAUACUUCUGAAAACUGCACUUAGAAUAUUUCUUUUCUUCUCCUUUUCCAUGCUGAAGUACUAGACAUCCUUAGGGCAUAACAGUGAUUUAUACCUGAGGAGCCAUUGCAUGUUGUUGACGUAACCAAAGGCGAUGAUAGAUAAAAGCCAGCCUAGGAGGAAGGAUAUCCAAUGAAAUGAAAGGAUAAAAGAGCAACACCGAAAGAUAACAGGACAAAAGGACAAAAAAAACUAUUUAGGUGUGAGCAGAAGCUUUAUUUUCGGACGGCUGGCCACUGAACAUCAAGAUAGAUAAUGAAAGAAAAGCAAAGGGAGAGCUAAACCUAAAAAGAAGAAGAAAGAAAACUGAGCUAGACAAAAUGGAAACAGCUUUUGGAGAGGUGGACGACGGUAAUUCCACAGUGAACAUAAAAUUUGAAAUUAAACGAGGGUAUGAAUAUGACAGCGAUGAAUCCCAACUGGUGUCAGAGGAAGAGGACGGUGCCAAGGCAGAGCCGGUGAAAAGUCCCAUCAAAGAAGAGCUGUUGUUUUGCGAUGAAAACAAUCCCAUGAUAACAAUCCAGCUUUUGCCAGUCGAAGGGUCCCAUAAACAGAACCAGAAGAGUUGCAGUGUGGACCCCAUUCAGAUGACGGUGCUGAAACCUAUCGCUCCACGUCCCAUUGCUGACUCAGAGACACAGGUCAACCUUCAGUCUCUGUCAUUGGUGAUGUCAGCUGGGAUUCCAUUUCAGAAUCCGUACCACCUCCCACCAGGAUCUGUACUUACGGUGUACACUCCUCGGCCAGAAAACGUCCCCAAGAAUAGACGCAAUAGGCAGGCCGACGACGGGCGUCCUUACAUCAAGAAGCCGCCAAACGCUUUCUUGCUCUUCAUGAAGGACCAAAGGCCAACUGUUGUGGCUGAUCUCAAAAUUACAGACAACGCGUUGGUCAACGUGGAGCUCGGCCAGAGAUGGAACUCACUGCUGCAGUCCGAGAAGGACAAGUACAUCCAGGAGGCUGAGCAGUUGAAGAUCCUUCACGAGAAGCAGUACCCGGAGUGGUCCAGCAAGAUAAACUACGGGAAGAAGAAGAAGCGAAUCCGGACCAGGCGUAGCACCAUGGAUCGGCAGUAGAAGAUUUCUGUCACCUACUUUAAAAAGCAACCGAUUUACUAAAAAAAACUGGCCACUGUUUAUAUUCUUCUGUGUGCCACUGUAUUUUUGUUCAUCAGACAUUAAAAAUGUAUAACAAAGUAUUUUUAUACGUUUUCAUAAAAACCAAUAAAAACCAUUUAAAGCGUGUUCUCAAGCUUUAAAUGUCUACAAGA